AUGCCACCGUGGCCGGCGUCCGGCGCCUACGUUGCGCACGGGCGCAAUUUUUGCUGGGCCCUCGGGGCCGGUUUGUUGUCGCUGUUGCGUUCUUUUAGUGCCUCGUACCCGCGCGUCCCCCGGGCCCGCUGCUUUGCCGUGGUACUUACGGACCGGCCCGGGCGCGAUGUAGGCGAUGCGGCAUGGGCUAGCCGUGGCUCAGCCGAGGUUCCGACCGUCAUCCACCAUAAGAUGCUCAAUCUCGGCUGGGCACUUUUGGAUAUGUCAAAGGGAUUGCUGCCAUUCUUUGUAAUCUUCGGUGGUGCUAUUCCUUACCUUCCGCAAUAUUUGGAAAUAAAGCGCCUUAAAAAUUCAGACGGACUUUCGCCUUACGUCUGCCUGACUCUCACAAUCGCCAAUCUUCUGAGGAUCGGAUUCUGGUUUGGUCAGCCUUUCCCUACACCCCUCCUCCUUCAAGCCUUUCUUAUGGUUUUUACGAUGAUGUUUAUGAUGUACGUUUGGGUUAAGUAUCGGCAAAUGCCCCCCUGUGACGGUGGCGAACAUGUAUUCUCCGAUCUUGACUGGAGGUAUUUCUGGCAUUGGAGUGACUACGAAAGUUAUGUAAAGUUCGUCAUCCUCUUCUCUGUGGUCUUCGGCGUACCUUGUUUUGCAUUCAGUUCAUCCUACUUCUUCGUUCAGACAAUCGGAUUCUUUUCUCUCCUCACAGAGUCCCUACUCGCUCUUCCUCAAUUUCUGCGGAACUACCGACAUUCUUCUACGGUUGGUAUGAGUUUAGAAAUGGUACUGAUGUGGACUAUGGGUGACCUCUUCAAGACCAUCUACUUUUUCCUCUCCAAAGCACCUGUCCAAUUUCCCGUCUGCGGAUGCAUUCAAAUGGCAUUUGAUAUCGCUAUUUUCUUCCAAUUUUUAGCUUAUAGGAAAAGGCACUCGCACAUCCACCUCGACACCUGA